GCCACUGAUCUGGGGUACCCUCUUCAGCUUUUGGUUGUCCUGGAGAAUCCAGAUGUCUCUAGAGCCGCCUCUGUCACCCUGUGACCUGCAGGUGCCGGAAGAUUUGUAGGGACGACACCGGGACAUCCCAGAAGCUGGGAAAUGGAACUCUUGACAUUCAGAGAUGUGUCUAUAGAAUUCUCUAUGGAUGAGUGGGACUGCUUGGACCCUGCUCAGCAGAAUUUGUAUUGGGAUGUCAUGUUGGAGACCUACAGACACCUGGUCUUCCUUGGGCUUGCUGUCUCCAAGCCAGAGCUCAUCACCUGUCUGGAGCAAAGGAAAGAACCCUGGAUGGUGAAGACUCACCAGACAGUGGUCAAGCACCCAGUUAUAUCUAAUGAUUCUACCCAGAGUAAUUCGCAAGUGCUGGGCAUGAAUAUUUUAUUACCAGAGAUAACCCUGAGAAGAUAUGAAAAUGAUAGCCCUGAGAAUUUCAACUCAAUAAAAGACUGGGAUAGGGUAUAUGAAUAUAAACAGCAGAGAGUAUGUUACAAUGGACUAAACGGAAGUUUAACAGCUAUGCAUGGUGAAAUCUACCAAUGCAGUAAACAUUUCAAAGUUGUCAGAAAAUUAUCAAAUGUAAAUACACAUAAGAUGAUAUAUACCAGGGAAAUAACAUUGGAAUGUAAAAAAUAUGGGAAAGCCUUACAACUAUGCUCAAACAUUGGUAAACAUAAGAUAACCCAUUUUGUGGAAAAGCAGUACAAAUGUAAAGAAUGUUGUAGAGUCUUUAAAUCUUGCUCAAGACUAUCUAAGCACAGGGGACCUCAUACUGCAGAGAAAAUCUACCAUUGUGAGAAUGAUGACAAGUGUCUUAGCCACAGCUCAAAAUAUUCUAACUAUAGGACAAUUUAUAAUGUAGAGAAACCCUACAAAUGUAAAGAAUGUGACAAAUUCUUUAACCAUUACUCAUCCCUUUCUGUACAUAAAAGAAUUCAUUCUGGGGAAAAACCCUACAAAUGUGAAGAAUGCGGCAAAGCGUUUAAUCAGUACUCAUCCCUUUCUAGACAUAAAAGAAUUCAUUCUGGAGAGAAACCCUACAAAUGUGAAGAAUGUAGCAAAGCCUUUAAGGAUUCCUCAACCCUUUCUGUACAUAAAAGAAUUCAUUCUGCAGAGAAACCCUACAAAUGUGAAGAAUGUGGCAAAGACUUUAAGAAUUCCUCAAACCUCUCUGUACACAUGAGAAUUCAUUCUGGAGAGAAACCCUACAAAUGUGAAGAAUGUGGCAAAGACUUUAAAGAUUCCUCAAACCUCUCUGUACACAAGAGAACUCAUUCUGGAGAGAAACCCUACAAAUGUGAAGAAUGUGGCAAAGCCUUUAACCGGUCCUCAACCCUUUCUGUACAUAAAAGAACUCAUUCUGGAGAGAAACCCUACAAAUGUGAAGAAUGUGGAAAAGCCUUUAAGAAUUCCUCAGCCCUUUCUGUACAUAAAAGAAUUCAUUCUGGAGAGAAACCCUACAAAUGUGAAAAAUGUGGAAAAGCCUUUAAGAAUUCCUCAGUCCUUUCUGUACAUAAAAGAAUUCAUUCUAGAGAGAAACCCUACAAAUGUGCAGAAUGUGGAAAAGCCUUUAAGAAUUCCUCAGCCCUUUCUGUACAUAAAAGAAUUCAUUCUGGAGAGAAACCCUACAAAUGUGAAGAAUGUGGAAAACUCUUCAGUCAGUACUCAUCCAUUUCUGUACAUAAAAGAAUUCAUUCUGGAGAGAAACCCUACAAAUGUGAAGAAUGUGGAAAAGCUUUUAGCCAGUACUCAAACUUUUCUGUACAUAAAAGAAUUCAUUCUGGAGAGAAACCCUACAAAUGUGAAGAAUGUGGAAAAUCCUUUAAGGAUUUCUCACACCUUUCUGUACAUAAGAGAAUUCAUUCUGGAGAGAAACCCUACAAAUGUGAAGAAUGUGGAAAAGCCUUUAACCGGUCCUCAACCCUUUCUUUACAUAAAAGAAUUCAUUCUGGAGAGAAACCCUACAAAUGUGAAGAAUGUGGAAAAGCCUUUAAGAAUUCCUCAGUCCUUUCUGUACAUAAAAGAAUUCAUUCUGGAGAGAAACCCUACAAAUGUGAAGAAUGUGGAAAAGCCUUUAAGAAUUCCUCAGUCCUUUCUGUACAUAAAAGAAUUCAUUCUGGAGAGAAACCCUACAAAUGUGAAGAAUGUGGAAAAGCCUUUAAGAAUUCCUCAGUCCUUUCUGUACAUAAAAGAAUUCAUUCUGGAGAGAAACCCUACAAAUGUGAAGAAUGUGGAAAAGCCUUUAAGAAUUCCUCAGCUCUUUCUGUACAUAAAAGAAUUCAUUCUGGAGAGAAACCCUACAAAUGUGAAGAAUGUGGAAAACUCUUCAAUCAGUACUCAUCCAUUUCUGCACAUAAAAGAAUUCAUUCUGGAGAGAAACCCUACAAAUGUGAAGAAUGUGGAAAACUCUUCAAUCAGUACUCAUCCAUUUCUGUACAUAAAAGAGUUCAUUCUGGAGAGAAACCCUACAAAUGUGAAGAAUGUGGAAAAGCCUUUAACCAGUACUCAAACCUUUCUGUACAUAAAAGAAUUCAUUCUGGAGCGAAACCCUACAAAUGUGAAGAAUGUGGAAAAGCAUUUAACCAGUACUCAAACUUUUCUGUACAUAAAAGAAUUCAUUCUGGAGAGAAACCCUACAAAUGUGAAGAAUGUGGAAAAUCCUUUAAGGAUUUCUCACACCUUUCUGUACAUAAGAGAAUUCAUUCUGGAGAGAAACCCUACAAAUGUGAAGAAUGUGGAAAAGCCUUUAACCGGUCUUCAACCCUUUCUGUACAUAAAAGAAUUCAUUCUGGGUAGAAACCCUAUGAAUGGCAUCGGUGUGGCAGAGCCUUUAACCAGUACUCACACCUUUCUGUACAUAAAAAAAAAAAAAUUUAUUCUGGAGAGAAACGUUACAAAUAUGAAUAGUGUGGGAAACCAUUUAACUCAGGGUCAAACCAGCCUGUAUGUUAAAAAAUAAUGAGAUAACAUGGAAACCCUAGAAAUGUGAAGAAUGUGUCAGUACCUUACUUAGUGAUCAUAACUUAUGAAGCUUAUAGGAAUUUAUUCAGGAGAGAAAUCCUACAACUGUGAAGGGUGUGGUGAUGCACUUUAUCAGAGCUCAAACUUAACUACACGUAAGAAAAUUCAUAUUGGAAUGAAAUCUUACAAAUGAGAAUAAUAUGGCAAACGUUUUAACUGAUUCUUGGCCCUUACUAAACAUAAGAGAAAACACGUCAGAGAAAAAUCACAAUAUGAAGGUGUGUGGAAGCUUUAUGUCAGAAAUCACAGUUUUCUGUACACAGUAGAAUUCAUGUUGAACAGAAAGGCUAUAAAUGUGAAGAAGGUGACAAGGGUUUAACCUCUACUCAAACCAUUCUCUAUAUGAAAUUUAUGACAGAGGAAACCCCUACAACUGUGAAGACAGUGUCGAAACCUAUAACCAGGAUUCACACAUUUCAGUACAGAACAGAAUUCACAGAGAUACUCUACAUAUGUGAAGAAUAUGACAGUGUCUUUAAAUAUUUCUCAUACUUUUCUAAUCAUAAUUCAUAUGGAAGAAAUUCUCUACAAAUUUCAAUGAUGUCUUAAAGUUGUGUUUAUCCUCUUUGAUAGGGCUGGAGAGAGAUAGGGGCAGAUGAUUCUAAGGCAUCCCUUGUCCAUAAUAAUAAGGAACAAAAAUGCCAGAGUGGGCUGCCAAGGAAGAAAAGCAUUUCUGGAAGGCUUUCAAAAACUGAACUGAUGUUUGCUCUACAAAAAUGACUGUCAUUUGUAGAGAGACGCCAGUGUGGAGAUACGGCCAAGGUCACAAAAGUGGGUCUUUGCAGCAUGCAUACAAGUAAGAUGACAAUAACUAGAAGGGACCCAUUUUUAUAAACACAGUAAAAUAUUCACCACUUUUAUCACAGUUUAGAAAUAGAAAUUGCUUUACAGGGAUAGAAAUUGGAGGAUUCUCCAUCUCUCCAUUUGAGAAUUUUCCCGUUUCCAGUAAAAAUAGUAAAUAUAUUACCCCCGCCACCACUUAACAUAGAUUUGGAAAAUUAUCAUGAAGGGGAAAAAUCUCACUAACCCAGGGUGUUCCCCACUUGAUAAGGUAGAUGUCUCCCUUCUCUGGAGUGUACUGUGCUUUAAUAAACUUUGACAUUUUGCUCACUUGUACCUACUUGUGCUGCCCAUUUGUUCCACUGUCUUGGUACCAGUAACUAUGCUGUGUCACCUGGAACC